UUCUAGAGUUUCUGGUUUUCAAAUUAGAUCGAAGUUAUCUCAUUCAUUUUAUCAUUCGGCAAGUUGCAUUAUUUACAAAUUAUUCAAUUUCUUAGAAUCUCGACCCAAAAUGGCACCAAAAGCAGAACAAAAAUCAAAGAAAAAGAAAAAGCUGACCGAUGAAGAGAAAAAGGCACUAAGAACGGAAAAGCAGCAUAAAACCCUACAAGAUCAAAUAGAAAGAGAAGAUAAUUUUGCAAAAUUAAGCCACAGAAGAAGUGGAAAGACAUUUUUUAAAGUAGCUGAAAACUUCAAAAUUAACAGCUUGGCAAUAGAAAAGAGUGCAGCAAUUAAAUGGUCACAUCAUCGAGUUACUCAAGCAGAAAAUGAAGUUGAGAAGCUGACAAUCGAUCGACAAGAUUUAUUCGAUCAUCUUUCGCAUGCACAACUUGCUCAGGCUGAAUUGAUCAAGUACAUGAAAGAUUUAUUCCGACUUUUUCAAAAUACACUACAAGAUUUAUUCGAACAGAACCGAAAGAAUCUCGUCGAUGACUUUUAUGCUCAGAAAAUAGUUUGGGAGAGAUUGCUGCACGAAGGAAAGAGAAGUUUUGAGAAUUUCGCUCAUGAAUUUGUAUCGAGAUUACAAGUAAGCUUAAAAGAUCAGAAAGAGAAGUUGAUAGACGACAAAAUAGCUAUAAGAGCAGGCACAGUUAUACAAUGUGAAAGAAUUUACAGCAAGCAAUCUGAAUUUGAUGAGAAAAUUAUUAAGGAACUUGAUGACAUUUACAAAAUAUUUAUUUGGAUCUGGCCAAAAGAAAGAAAUGAGAGAUAUCAAGUUACAUUAAAGGAAUACAACGAGAUUCAAGCUGAAAUUGAGGAACUUGAAGUCGCAGCUGACAAAGCUGAAUAUGAAUCUUUUAAACUUGAGAAUCUGUUGGAUGAGAAGACGAUAUUAUGGACUGAAGAAGUAUCGCGACUAAGAAACUAUUGUGACUAUUUAGAAAAGUCACUUAUCAAUUUAAGGACGAUUGAGAGAAAUGCUCAAAAUCAGGACAGUGAAAAGUUAAAAGCUGUCUCAAACCUUUCUUCAAAAGUUUCAAAACAUUUACAAAAAAAUCUCAAAACCCUCGAAAAUAUUUUAAUGCUCAUGAAGGUCUGUGCUAAAUAUGAAACCAUCCAGGACAGAAUUAGAUUCUUCGACCAGCCUUUGGACACUUCCGAAAGCUCUAACAACUUUAAAAGCUUUAAUACAAAACUCUCUCAAAAAAGCUUAAAUUUCAGCUUUAGAAAUUCCUCAAUUUUAACUAUUGAUGACCAAAAUUCAGCAUGUAUCCACAAAAAGAAGCUCAAAUGUAAUUCUAUAAAUAAUCAAAGCUGUUUGAAAAAGUCUGUAGACUCGAACAAAAGAGAGAUUGAUGGACAUGAAAGAACUUCCAACGUCACUAAUAACUCAGCAAGCAAUCCAUUGAGUUUCCUUCAAAUUUACAGCAGUCCUGAUUUCAAUGCUUAUUAUCCAAAUGACAAUGAAAUCAAAUUUACGGACGAAAAUAAUCCUUUAUCAGCAAAAUAUCCAUCGCUUGCAUCUUCAAAUCAAUCUGAUAAACUUCAUGUCAAUGAACUUCUUGUGGACGAAUUUUAUAGAAAGAUGUCAAUUAUUAAAGCUGACUGCUUAAUGCUGAAUAAUUACAAAAUCGAAAUGUCCAAAUCUAAUGAACAAUUAAGGAAGCUUUUGACAGCCAAGAAACAUGAGUUUGGUGUUCGACAGAAUCUACAGAAGUUGAGGUUAAAUAGCUCACCAAGUGUUGGAAGUAUCUUUCAAUUCUCUCAUCAUAUCCCACAAAUCCAGGAAGAGAUUUUCAUCAGAAAAUGUCGAUCGAUGCAUUUUAAGAUUUGAUAGACUGAAUAAAGCUGGUUGUGUUUAAUAAAUACAAACUUUAUGGCAACAAACCCUAACAGACAAAGAGCACGAUCUGAGCAUGAUUUUUAAAAAUUAAUUUUUUAAUUUGAUGACGCUAAAUUAACGUACUCUCCCAUACAAAUGGAAAUCGCAGCUGGGUACCACAGAAAUCACGCUCUCAAGAGUACGCUUUUUUACUUGCAAAUUUCAAAU